GCCGGGGGUGCCCCCCGCUCCCAGCCAUGACGAGCCUGGAGGAGGAUCAGGAGUUUGACUUCGAUUUCCUCUUCGAGUUUAACCAGAGCGACGAGGGCGCUGCCACCCCCGAAGCCGGGCCCGGGGCUGGCAAAGAACACUAUAACUACGCACCGCCGAACCUGAGCGCCGGCCUGCCACUAGGCAUGGCCCCCGCCACCGCCUGCCUCGGCCUGCAGGCCGCCAACCCCAUCAUCUCGGUCAUCCCGUCCCCCGGCCACCCCACCGGCUACGGCACGGGCCUCGACAGCGGGCCCCCGGGCUACUACCUCGCCCCCGGCGUCCGGCCCAACGGCGGCCCCACCCUGGAGAGCCCCCGCAUCGAGAUCACCUCCUACCUGGGCCAGCACGGCGGCGGCGGCGGCGGCGGCGGCGGCGGCGGGGGCGGAGGCGGAGGCGGCGGAGGCCACUUCUUCCACGAGGCCACCGCCGAGGACCCCGGCCCUCCGCCGCUCCCCAACUCCUCCUCCUCGUCCUUGUCGUCCUCCAAGCGGCCCCCGGCCACGGCCACGCUCAGCCUGCCCAACCUGGAGGCCUACCGUGACCCCUCCUGCCUGAGCCCGGCCAGCAGCCUGUCAUCCCGCAGCUGCAACUCCGAAGCCUCCUCCUUCGAGUCCAACUACUCCUUCCCGUACGCCUCGCCCCAGACGUCUCCCUGGCAGUCCCCCUGCGUCUCCCCGAGGACCACUGACCCCGAGGAGGGCUACCCACGUGGCCUGGGUGCCUGCACCCUGCUGGGCUCCCCCCGCCACUCGCCGUCCGCCUCCCCCAGGACCAGCGUCACGGAGGAGAGUUGGCUGGGGCCCCGGGGCUCGCGCCCCUCCUCGCCCUGCAACAAGCGCAAGUACAGUCUCAACGGGGGCGAGGCGGCCCCCUACUCGCCUCGUCCCUCGCCCACGCCGUCGCCCCAGGGCUCGCCCCGCGUCAGCGUCACGGACGACACCUGGCUGGGCACCUCCCACCAGUACACCAGUUCGGCCAUCGUGGCCGCCAUCAACGCGCUGACCACCGACGGCACGCUGGACCUGGGCGACGGCGUCCCCGUCAAGGCCCGCAAGACCGCGCUGGACCACGCGCCCGCUGCCGCCGCCGCCGCCGCCGCCGUCGCGCUCAAGAUCGAGCCGGCCAGCGAGGACCCCGGCCCCCUCCCGCCCCUCGCCGACCUGUCCCCCGAGGAGUUUCCCGGCUUCCAGCACGUACGCAAGGGGAACUUCUGUGAACGUUACCUCUCCGUGCCGCAAGCCCCCUACCACUGGGCCAAGCCAAAGCCGCCAUCCCCCACGGCCUACAUGAGCCCGUCUCUGCCAGCGCUGGACUGGCAGCUGCCGUCGCACUCUGGGCCCUACGACCUGCGCAUCGAGGUGCAGCCCAAAUCCCACCACCGGGCCCACUACGAGACCGAGGGGAGCCGGGGGGCCGUGAAGGCGUCGGCCGGGGGCCACCCCAUAGUCCAGCUGCACGGCUACCUGGAGAGCGAGCCGCUCACCCUCCAGCUGUUCAUCGGGACGGCCGACGACCGCCUGCUGCGGCCCCACGCCUUCUACCAGGUCCACCGGAUCACCGGCAAGACGGUGUCCACCACCAGCCACGAGGCCAUCGUCUCCAACACCAAAGUCCUGGAGAUCCCCCUUCUGCCGGAAAGCAACAUGCGUGCCAUCAUCGACUGCGCCGGGAUCCUGAAGCUGCGGAAUUCGGAUAUCGAGCUCCGGAAGGGGGAGACGGACAUCGGCAGGAAGAACACGAGAGUGAGGCUGGUUUUCCGCAUCCACAUCCCGCAGCCCAACGGCCGGACGCUCUCACUGCAGAUCGCCUCCAACCCCAUCGAGUGCUCCCAGAGGUCUGCCCAGGAGCUGCCACUGGUAGAGAAGCAGAGCGCCGACAGCUACCCCGUCAUGGGCGGCAAGAAGAUCAUCCUAUCUGGACACAACUUCCUGCCCGACUCCAAGGUCAUUUUCGUGGAGAAAUCACCAGAUGGUCACCACGUGUGGGAAAUGGAAGCCAAAACUGAGAAGGAACUGUGCAAGCCAAAUUCACUGGUGGUGGAGGUCCCGCCUUUCCGCAAUCAGAGGAUCACCAGCCCCAUCCAGGUCAACUUCUACGUGUGCAACGGCAAGCGGAAGAGGAGUCAGUGCCAGCACUUCACCUACCUUCCGGCUCAUGUCCCGAUGAUAAAAACAGAACCGAAUGACGACUAUGAGGUCGCUCCCGCCUGUGGACCAAUGAACCAAGGAUUAAAUGCCCUCCCCAAGCCGUUCUACAACCAGCAGAUGGUCAUGCCCCCCGACCCCGGGGCCUGCCUCGUGGUCGGCUUCCCGUCCUGCCAACAGAGCAACCCGGCGCUGCCGGCCUCACCCGUUGCCAGCCCCGAGCUCCACGAGCUGUCCCCGGCCGCUUACGCCAAAUGCCUCCCGAGCCCCGGGCACGGCCCCCUCGGACUCCAGCCGGCUCCCGCCGGGGGCGGGCCCCCACGGUCCGUGGCCGGGCCGCCGGGCACUGCCGGCCCGCCGUCUCACGUCGCGCUGCAGCUGCAGUCGUGCAGUCCAACGCGCCCAGGCACAUCGGGCCCGCCGCCGAAGGGUCAGAGAAACACGUCUCCUCCGGCCACUGCCCAGCCACUGUCACUGCCCGAGUUGCCCGAGGACAGUGGUCAGAACGCGGCCCCUCUCCCAGUAACGGUCAAGCGCGAGCCGGAAGAGUUGGACCAGUUGGACCUGGAUGACGUAAACGAGAUCAUCAGGAACGACCUCUCCAGCACCGGCACCCACUCUUAGCGGGGGGCAUCAGGGUACACUCCACGGCCCGGCCCCCCCCGGGGCCGGAGGGAUCUCGGACUGAAUAAACGCCGGACGUUCCUGGCCCCUCUCCGCUCUCCCAUGGGGCUCAGAACGAUGACCCAGACUCUCCUCUUGGUUUCAAGAGCAACUCUCCGGCGUCCGCGACGCCAAGUCAUCUCAAGCAGACAUGCGGGGCUGCGGUGGUGGCAACACUGGCAGAUGAUGGCGGAGGUGUGUGUGUGUAGACCCUCCCCGCCAGACUCAUCCUUUGGCACGACUGGACCUCGCUACCGGAAGUGCCUUAUUCUUCCCGAAGGCACCAAGGGCACUAACAGGAGCCAAGAAGAACGUGGUUCCUCCGGGGUUUCCCCGAUCCUAAAUUCUCGGGAACGGGAAGGGGAGCCCGUGAGAAAGCGACUCGGGGGUUCCAGGCUCCUCUUCCUCCUCUUCCUCAGCCAUCGAGGGCAGCCCGCUGCCUUAUGCCAUGCAUUUCCGAACCUCCCGCUCUGGCCCGCUCAUCUGCUUUCCCAGCCUCGACCUCCUCCUUCUCCUCCUCCCCAUCCACGCCGGCACACCGCAGGGGCUGCGUCCAGCCCGGCUCUAAAUCUGCCUUUGGACCCAGCACAAAUGCACAUCAAAUAGCACAAACCGGUCAAGAGGAUGGACAGAGAAUGCAGUCUCCGGAAGUGCUUGCCCGUGGACACCCACGGGGGCAAAUGUUAGUCCGGGGUCGACCGGGACGAGGUGAGGCCCCUGGGCCUAGCCCCCCGCCCCCGACCCCCGACCGAAAUGGGACGUCCCAGUCAGCAGUAGCCCGGGCCCGUGGCGGGGAAAUUGCACUUCGGACCCCAGCCCCACAUUUUCAGCCAAUAUGGUUGAGGGCCUAUGGCCCUCUGACGGGUGUGCGUGCUUUCUCGUCUGUCGCGGCAGAGCGAAGCACUUUAAGAGAGCCCAGAAAGACGCAUACGAACCAAAGCCGUUCUGGACCAAACGGCCAAAGAUUCGACGACAACUGUAAAUUGCCAUUUCAAAGAGUGUAAAAUAUUUGUUCAACUAUAAGAUUAUUACUCCGCAGAAGCCUUAUAAACUCUCUGCUUUGGGUAAGGAAAUACUACCAAAAAGAGAAGGUUUUCAUACGCAGCGCUGUACUGUAUAGUAUGUUUGGGGAUUAGUUCGUAGAGACGGGGUACCCACUAAAUUAACGUAGCCCUUAAUAUUGCAUUUUUGUACAAUUAACAGCUUAUUACUCGUUAUCACUAGCAGUGACCUAGUAUUUCAUAUAACCAAAAAAGCAUGGUUCAAUUAAGCAAUUUUUAAUCUUAAUGUUGUGCCUUAUGCCCCCUACCGGAGAUUGUCUUCCAGCUGACUUCCGCUGGAAACCUCCAAGAAGAGCCCUCUCACGCGCAACGUCACAAAAACGACAGAACUUUCCCUCCGGAAGGCAGACUUUCCAAAAAGCAUCCUGUACAAUGUCUUACUUUCUCCUUUUUUUUUUUUUUAGAAAAAAUAUAUAUAAACAGGAAAAAAAAACUCAGUAAGCCAUAUUUGUAACAUUUGCACAUUACUGUGAAGGGCAGAGGGUAAAAUAUGGCUGUAGGUAUGAAAGAUGCUGUUACAGGCUCUGUCUGAUAGCUGGCUGCUUCCUUUCCCUCCCCCUCCGUUUAACCCCUUAUCUACCCUGUAUUUAGCUUCCUAGAAGCUGCAUGGAACAUUUCGUAUAGACUGCCAUAUAAAACAAAGAGUUGGAUCGUUGUGUCAGCUCCCUUUGUAGUCAGAAACUAGACUCAAUAAAGCAAUAUUUUUUUUUUUGCCUGA